UACUUGUACUGCUUUGGAAGUGCCGGUAUUUGUAACUCUGGCCGCAUCUCUUCUUCUUUGCUUUUGUUAUAUUAACUUUGGUUUGUGUACAAUUACAAAUCCACGCAUGUGGGAUUGUUUAAGUUUUGGUUUGUGUCAUUGUGUGGUAUUACCAAUUUCUGUUGGUCACUGAAAUGGCAGCAGCUCUUCCUCAGAAGAAAUACUAUAGGCAACGGGCUCAUUCAAAUCCGAUUGCAGACCACUGCUUUGACUACCCAGUACACCCAGAAAAAAUGAAUUGGUCAGAGUUGUAUCCAGCGUACUUCAAAAAUAAUUCAGAAGGAAAUUCAGCUGAAAAAUCAGAGACAAAAUGUGUGGAAUUUGCUGAUAUUGGCUGUGGUUAUGGUGGUCUCCUAGUUACUUUAUCACCAAUGUUCCCGGAUACACUUAUGCUAGGCAUGGAAAUUCGCAUAAAAGUUUCAGACUAUGUAAUGGAUCGAAUAUCUGCCUUGAGGCUCCAGUAUCCUGGCAAGUAUGAGAACAUAGCUUGCCUCCGCUCAAAUGCAAUGAAGUAUCUUCCCAACUUUUUUAGAAAAGGACAACUGAAGAAAAUGUUCUUCUUAUACCCUGAUCCUCAUUUCAAGAAGUCUAAGCACAAAUGGAGAAUAAUUAACAAAACACUUUUGGCAGAAUAUGCUUAUGUCUUGGCUGUUGAUGCAGUAGUGUAUACAGUAACAGACGUCAGGGACCUCCAUGAAUGGAUGGUGCAACAUUUCACUGAGCAUCCUUUGUUUGUUCGGCUUUCGGAUGACGAUAUUGAUGAUCCGGUUAUUGAGAAGCUGUACGACAGUUCUGAAGAAGGUCAGAAAGUUUCCCGUAACCAUGGUGAGAAAUUUCUGGCAGUCUUCAGGAGAGUUCCAGAUCCUUAUAUUUCAAAAUGAUGCAAAUUUAUGUACAUGUUAUUUAUUUUAUUUUCAAUAAAAUCACAUACAAAUAUGGCUGUAAAAUAUUUUUAGAGAACUGACAUAACUGCGU